GUUUUCUUUUUAGAGAAAUAGAAAAAGCAAACGAAAAUAACCCAAAUAAUCUCCUGUUUCCCCUCUUUCUCUCACACUCUCUGCUUCUCGAUUCACCGAUAUCAUUCCAAAUCAGCGUUUUUUUUAAGUGUGAGGCUGUAAAAAAAAUGAAUGAACGAAAGACGAUAGAUUUAGAGCAAGGAUGGGAUUUCAUGCAGAAAGGAAUAACAAAGUUGAAGAAUAUAUUGGAAGGUCUUCCCGAGCCACAGUUCAGCUCGGAGGACUACAUGAUGCUUUACACAACGAUCUACAACAUGUGCACACAAAAACCACCACACGACUACUCCCAACAGUUGUAUGACAAAUAUCGUGAGUCUUUUGAAGAGUACAUCACUUCAACGGUCUUACCAUCUUUAAGAGAGAAACAUGACGAGUUCAUGCUCAGGGAGCUUGUAAGACGGUGGUCAAACCAUAAAAUCAUGGUGCGAUGGCUUUCCAGAUUCUUCCACUAUCUUGAUCGCUACUUCAUUGCUCGAAGAUCUCUUCCACCACUAAAUGAAGUUGGACUUACCUGUUUUCGUGAUCUGGUAUACCAAGAGUUGAAUGUUAAAGUUAGAGAUGCUGUAAUAUCUCUGAUUGAUCAAGAGCGCGAAGGAGAGCAGAUUGAUCGAGCUCUGUUGAAGAAUGUUCUAGAUAUAUUUGUUGAGAUCGGAAUGGGGCAAAUGGAGUACUAUGAAAAUGAUUUUGAAGCAUCAAUGCUUAAAGAUUCAGCAGCAUAUUAUUCACGGAAGGCUUCAAACUGGAUCUUAGAAGACUCUUGUCCAGAUUAUAUGCUGAAAGCAGAGGAGUGCUUGAAAAGGGAAAGUGGUAGAGUUGGUAACUAUCUUCAUGUCAGCAGUGAACCAAAGCUGCUCGAGAAAGUUCAAAACGAGUUGUUAUCUGUCUACGCAACUCAAUUGUUAGAGAAGGAACACUCUGGUUGUCAUGCAUUGCUCAGGGAUGACAAGGUUGAUGAUCUAUCAAGGAUGUACAGACUCUUUUCAAAGAUACCACGUGGAUUGGAUCCUGUAUCUAGUAUGUUUAAGCAGCAUGUCACUGCCGAGGGCACGACACUAGUUAAACAGGCCGAGGACGCAGCUAGUAACAAGAAGGCUGAAAAGAGAGACGUGGUUGGCUUACAGGAACAGGUUUUUGUUCGGAAAGUGAUUGAGCUCCAUGACAAGUACCUGGAAUAUGUAAAUGUUUGCUUUAAUAACCAUACCCUCUUCCACAAGGCACUUAAAGAAGCAUUUGAAAUAUUCUGCAACAAGGGUGUUGCUGGUAGUUCAAGUGCAGAGUUACUUGCAACAUUUUGCGAUAAUAUUCUCAAGAAGGGUGGAAGUGAGAAACUCAGUGAUGAAGCCAUUGAGGACACACUUGAGAAGGUUGUAAAGCUGCUUGCUUACAUCAGUGAUAAAGAUCUUUUUGCUGAAUUUUAUAGGAAAAAGCUUGCUCGACGGCUUUUGUUUGACAAGAGUGCCAAUGAUGAGCAUGAGAGAAGUAUUCUGACAAAGCUAAAGCAACAAUGUGGUGGUCAGUUCACAUCAAAGAUGGAGGGGAUGGUUACUGAUUUAACAUUGGCAAAGGAAAACCAGUCCCACUUUGAGGAGUACUUGGGCAAUAAUCCACAUGUUAGUCCUGGGAUUGACUUGACGGUUACUGUGUUGACUACUGGCUUUUGGCCAAGUUACAAGUCUUUUGAUUUAAAUCUUCCUGCAGAGAUGGUCAAAUGUGUUGAAGUUUUUAAAGAAUUUUAUCAAACAAAAACAAAGCAUAGGAAACUUACAUGGAUAUAUUCCUUGGGUACCUGCAACAUUAAUGGAAAGUUCGAACCAAAAACUAUGGAACUCAUUGUCACAACCUACCAGGCUUCUGCUUUGCUACUGUUUAACUCAUCAGAUCGAUUGAGUUAUCAGGAAAUUAUGACUCAGCUGAACUUGUCAGACGAUGAUGUUGUUAGGCUACUCCAUUCUCUAUCAUGUGCAAAAUAUAAAAUUCUUCUCAAGGAGCCAAAUACCAAAACCAUAUCUCCAACCGAUUACUUUGAAUUUAACUCAAAGUUUACAGAUAAAAUGAGAAGGAUCAAGAUCCCUCUACCUCCUGUGGAUGAGAAGAAAAAGGUAAUUGAGGAUGUUGACAAGGAUAGACGGUAUGCAAUUGAUGCUUCUAUCGUGCGAAUCAUGAAAAGCAGAAAAGUACUGGGAUAUCAGCAGUUGGUUAUGGAGUGUGUUGAACAGUUGGGUCGCAUGUUUAAACCUGAUGUAAAAGCAAUAAAGAAGAGGAUUGAAGAUCUGAUAACUCGUGAUUAUCUUGAGAGAGACAAAGAGAACCCUAACUUGUUCCGGUAUCUGGCUUGAUUGUAGUAGCAUGGUUGAGGAUGAUGAUGAUUAAAAGCCCAAAUAGCAUGAAAUCCAGAGUAGACCAGCUAAGUGUAACACACUGGUGCAUGAAGUUUGGCUGAUCAACUGUAGAUGUUGCCAAUUUUUCAGCGACUGUUUGGAUUAAUGAUUGAUGCUUGAAAGUUUAAAGAAUGCCAUGUCAAGGGACAUCUUUCCAAGCUUAUAAGCCAAUAUUAUCUUACCUAGCCCUUGUGGAUAUUGUAAUAUUCUUGAAUUCUGCUGGUUGAAUUCUAGUUCACAGAUUAGACAAAUUUGCUUUCUCUCUCUAUGAUGUUUGGCUUUAGAUAA